AUGGAGGCCUUCUUUACUAACAAUGAUUACCAUGAGGUAAGAUUCAUUGGAACGCGGUUCACUUGGUUCAACAACAAAUUUGGAGGAGCUCGGAUCUUGGAAAGGCUAGAUAGGUUCUUCUUAAAAUCAUUUGUAUUAAAUUUAUCUUCUCAAUUGGUUGUUAAUCACUUAGCUAGAAUAGCUUCCGAUCAUUGUCCCAUCAUCCUCAAUAUUCUCAAUUUGAAAUCACCAAGCGUGAAGGCAAUUAAGUUUGAGGAUGUGUGGGUUUCUUAUCCGACUACCCUCAAGGUGGUAAAGAAGGCUUGGGCUACUAAUUACCAGGUAAAUCUAAACUUGUCUAAAGAAAAACUGAUGGAAGAUAUAUCGGAGCUUCAAAACAAAGAAUCUGAUAUUGGUUGGCUCUCUGAAGAAGAUUGUUGGAAAUUAAAAGCCAAGGUGUUGGAGCUGAAUUCUAUACUGGCUAGAUUGAACACAUGUGCAAAAAGAAGGUUGAACAACAUUGUGAAAAUCAAGGAUGAGGAAGGGAAUGUUCUGGAAGAGCAAAAUCAAAUUGAAGAAACACUUAUUCGGUUCUUUAAGAAAAAGUGGAGGCAAAGGAAUUGCAAGCUGGAGGGUUGGCCUAAGCCGAUCUAUACUUUGAAUUGGGAUGACAAAUCUUGGCUACCAAGGGAUUUCUCGUUGGAAGAAGUAGAGUUUUUUAUCAAUCAGUUGGGAGGCAACAUUGCACCUGGUAGUGAUGGAAUCACUUACUCUUUUUUAAGAGCCUAUUGGCGCAUUAUUAAAACUGGUUUUCUUCUAUCAAAUGCACUUGCCUUGACUUCCAUUGGAGUUAACAUUUCUACUUAUGGACCACGGAUUUCACAUCUGCUAUAUGUAGAUGACAUUUUGUUAUAUUCUGAAGCUAGUAAGAAGGUGGUUUUGGAGGUAAAAGGAAUCCUAUCCAAUUUUAGCAAAUGGAUUGGUCAAUGUAUAAAUAUUGGGAAAUCUGGAGUUCUCUUUGGAAAGGUGGUUGAUAAAAGGAGGAGGAGGGCCAUUACAAAAACUUUAGGUACCAAGGAAGUAAAAGAGUUUUCGUACCUUGGAAUCAAGAUGGCACUUAGAAGAUUGAAGGCUAAUGAUUUUCAAUUCAUCAUUGAGAAAUCAUUAAAGAAAAUCAACACUUGGGGAAGCAAUCUCAUCUCCUUGGCUAGGAAAAUAGCUUUAGUGAAUUUGGUCACUUUGGCUAUCCCAACUUUCUAUAGCACUCACGCCUUGGUUCCUAUCAGUAUUCUUGAAGAAAUCAACAAAAUAUGCAUGAGUUUUAUUUGGAAUAAGCCCAAUGGUAAUGUUGGCAUUCAUUAUGUAAAUUGGGAGGAGUUAUGUAUACCUGUAGAUAAAGGAGGAAGAUGA